AUGUCCUGUCUAACUGGCAUUUUGCAGCUGCUGCAAGUGCUGACAACGCUCUCGGGUUGCAACAUCUACAGCUAUGCGGAGAACAGGCGGGAAUUCCGGCUGAAUGGAAGGACUCAUCUAUUGGUUCGGGCCAUGCACAGAUUCUGGCUACGACCCUGGCUAGUGGUGACUUUUGUGCUGCACUUUAUAUACUGGGUAAUGGAGUUUCUACGUGGACUCACGGAUGCCACACCGGGCAGUGAAAGACCCUUGAAUCUCAUUUAUGGAAUUGGUCUAGCCGUUGUCAUACACCAGAACUAUGUCAUUAGCUUGGCCAUGGCCUAUUACUACAGAUACCAUCGCCUUCAGAUAAGGCAGCUGCUCAAUGGCUUUGUGGGGAUCUAUCACGGCUAUGAAAGAAUUUGUGGCCGGGAACCCAUCAUCAAUUGGUGGUUCUUCUUUAUUCAAACCUUCCGAGUUUUUACCGCCUCGGUGGCCCCACUGAUUAAGUCCAAAUUUAAGUUUGUUGGCUUUGGCUCAAAAAUGGAUAUUAUUAUAAGGGAUUCGGCAGUGCUCUUCAUAUGCCUUCAGCCUUUUUUGCUCUCAGUGGUUGGUCACCUGGGCAUACUGAUCCUCUAUGCCUGCUACGAUAUUCAAGUGAACAAUGGAAGGAGAAGGAGGAGAUCUUUACAACUCCUGGACUACUAUCGACACCUGAUCAGGCUCAGGCAAAAUCUGGAUUUCCUGGUGAGGCCCAUUGUCUGGACAUUGGUGCUGGAGAACAUUUUGCUCUUCAUAGGUGGCUUUCAUUUGUACCUUUACGAUAUGCAGUCUGUGGGGCAUAUGGGAAAAUGUAUUCUCACGUCUUCCGUAUUUCCCUUAACCUUUUUGCAUGUGAUUGCGAAAAUAAGGUUUAUAGAACGGGAGUUUGGAGUAUUUAAAGCAGACUCCAGGAAGCAGGCUAAGCUCCAAGUCUUUUGGCUUUUUAAAAAGGUAAUGCAAGUAACUAUCGAUAAAACUGAACUUAAUAUUUUUAAACUCGAUCGAGGACUUAUUUUAGAAACUUUAAGACAUGCUUGGGUUUUUGCCAUGUUUACCAAUAGUAUUUUAUUGAAUAGCACUGCCAGGCUGAAGCACUUUGAGAGUGUCAAGUAUAAGAAGCUUUUGUAA